CUAUCAAGAAAAGCAGUAAUAAACAGACCGCUGACUGAGAAACAUUGAUUAACAGGAAAAUUACGCGGAUUUAAAAUAAAAAAUAUAGAAAACUUUAAAAAUGUUAGCCUUGCAGCUGGUGCUCCAAUUCCUGUUCCUUAGCCUUGUGCUAGGUUCGGCACAUUUUCGCUAUCACAGACGCUAUAAAUACUCUCCGGAGCUGAUAAGCGAACUAAAAGACUUUGAAAAACUGAUUCCCACUGUAACCAUAGAUGAAAUCGUCGCCGAGCACAUGAUUACGGACUCGGGCUUCCGCAAAGCCGCCAAGUUUUUGCGCAGUUCUGAUUUCAAGAGGUUGCAACAGCGCAUCGAAUCUCUGCCAGAAGUUGUGGAUCUGAUUAAUUUCGUGCACCUCAAUGAUACGAUCUUAGGGAAAAUUCAAAAACAUAGAUAUCAUCACAGAAAUAACAACAGGGUACGACGAUCUGUUGGUAACGAGAUUAUUGGAGAGCAGAUUAUUUUGGUGCUACUUGAACCGAUUUUUGAGGAGAGACAGCUAAGUUCUUUCACCAGCUUUGUCCAGGAGGUAUUAACACACCUGCCUCGUGAUCGUUUUGUGGCUUUGAUCAAUGAGAAACGACAGAAAAGUUCUAUAUUUGCUAAAUUUUAUCAGGCGUUAAAAAGCCCGGAGUUCAAGACUAAAUCUGAAGCUGCUUGGAACACAACAAAUGUACAGAGCGUUGUUCGAGAGCUCUCAGGACAUGCCAUCAAUGCCCAGGAACUCAAAACGAUUGGCUACGAAGUCAUCUCCUGGGGUCCAGCAUAUCCAUUUAAUAACGGUCUCGAAAAACAGGAAUAUGUUGGCGGCAAAGAAGACCCUCCUCAAUCUAUCGCAGACAAUAACGCCGGCGAGAGCAACUGCAGCCAGGCACUGGAAAUCUACAUCCACGAUGCACUGGCGAUGGCGCAUGACGGCCAAACAAAAAUUCGGAUGGAUACGUCCAUAGAGCACGUUGUGAUCAAUGUUGGAAAACAGAACUGGCAUUUCAUCCACACCCAUAUCACCCAGACUCUGAACCGAAGCUCCAUUGCUCACCAGCAGGCAGCGAACGUAUCGAUACGGCCAAUUGGCCAGGAUUUGAGAGCCGCUGCAGAAGAUCACAUCGUCGCUAUGAAUCGGAAACACCUCUUCAUUUUAGUCAUUUGCUUUGCUGGAAUUUCCCUUUCGAUGGGUUUUCCUCACGACGAAUUGAUCAAGCCGGAUAGUGACGAAUCGGAUGUGAGUGGCAUUGGUUUCGUGACCCUCGACGGAACUGCCAGCGAUGAGAGUGACGAAAGUGGUCAAGGCAAUGCAUCCGAUGAUUUGAUUUUCCUGAGUCGCAAGAAGCCAAUCGCCUCUAACAACUCCGUUGAUUUGAGCGCCUUUGUGGCAUUGAUUCCGUUGCAAGAAGUCCAGUCCAUAGCUGCUCAAUAUUAUCACAAUGAUGCAGCGUUCCAAAAAGCCUAUGGCUUCCUGGCCAGCAAUGAUUUUGCGGAUAUCAAACGAAAGAUUCUGCAUCUCCCUGAAGUAGUGGAGUUCGUCGACUAUCUGGGUGCUCAUGGCUUGGAUGUGAUCAAGGUGAUGCAUUCUGUGGCAGGUGUAUUUAAGCCUUCCAUUCUGGACUCGACUGUUGUCAACGAAUCCAUCAAAGCUGCAACUACCGAAGAUGGCAGUUCCUCCACCAGCGAACCACAGACUGGCCUCCAUGGCAUGGUGGAGAGGGUCCUGGAGAUCCUGCCGCAGGACCAACUGUACGCCCUAUUUUUCGACGAGUUCGAGAGCAACAAACAGUUUGCCGCCUUUGUUGACAGCAUUAGCAGUCCGAAGUUUGCCAAAAUUUUGAGCGGUCUGCAGAACUCAUUGCCGCUGCGAAAUCUGCUCUUUGUCCUGCACAACAACAGCAUCUACGUGGAGAGGAUCGUGGAGUCCGUGAAGUCAUAUUUAUCUAUCUCCAGUUUUUAAUUUGCUUAAGGUUAAGGGAUUGGAUUUCGAGAUAUUCUGGUAACUGAAAUGCGGCAAGCAACCCAGUCAUCAUAUCAGCAUUAAACAGUUUUGAAAUCACUGAAAUUAGUUAUAAAUUCUUAGCUAAUUUGGCUGAUUUUAAUGACAUUUACAUUGCCCCAAAGUUCAUCUUACAAACUGGUCCUUCCCUUAACAUCUUCUUAUCUUUCUAAUGUAACUUUCCUAUCUCUGCCUACCCCUUCUGCUUGCCACACUUUGCCUACCAGAAGCAUAUGAAAAUGGUCCCUCAUUUAGUGAGUAAUAAACGGAAAGGGAAUCCUUUAAA